ACAAACCCAGUGCAACCAGCUUUGUUUGUACUGCGAAUUCAAUUAUAUAUAGUCAAAGAUAGAGCUCAAAGGUAUAUACAGCCAUAGCGGUCGUGGUCGGAAGCCGUGAGCUAGGACUGCGAUACCCGGCACUACAUGUACCAUUUCUUAAACGAUCACUGCUAUAAUUAGCUGCGAAAGAGGUCGGACCAGUGUAACUCUCCUAGACAGACUAGCAUCCUCAAAAAUAAUAAGAAAUCGACACCAGAUUAACGAAAAAUAGUAUUAAAUUGCCCAAUGAACCCACCUCGGCGCCUAGGUGUCUGACAGCAGAAAGUUGUCAGGUGACUGCGGCAUAUUUACCGCGGGAGGAUUUACGCUGCUUCGUCGCAGCACUGUUUCGUUUUUGCUUGAAUCUACUAUUCUACUUCCUUUUGCGUACUGAUAUUUCUGUUAAAAGCGUUAGAAGUAUAUUCUGGAACCGCAUCACCGGCAAAUGAAAUGACGAAAUUCAUAUUCAAGCAGGCCUAUUCGCCACAUCUCCUGCUCCUUUGCCUUACCCUCUGCCAUGCAUGCAACCUGACUGAGUAUAAAGUGGGUGAGGAGUGCUGCCCAAUGUGUCCUUCCGGACAUCAUGUUCAAAAACAUUGUAGCAGAAAUGCUAACACUACAUGUGCUCCAUGUACCGGAUUGACUUUCAAUGAUGAACCAAAUGGACUCUCACACUGUAAGCUAUGUGCGGUUUGUGACCAAGGCCUUGGUUUGAAAACAGUGAGGGCAUGUACACUCACUUCAGACACAGUGUGUGGGGUCCUGGAAGGGCACUAUUGUAUUAGUACUUAUAAGGGAGGAUGCAGAACAGCCCAUAAACACACAGCCUGUGAACCUGGACAGUUCAUCAAACAGCCAGGAACAGCCUCUGCAAAUACUGCAUGUGAGGACUGUCAGGAAAAUUCAUACUCAAACGGUUCUUUUACAUCCUGCAUGCCACAUGCAACUUGCAGACCUGGACAAUUCAUUCAUUGGAUGGGAACAAAAUCUGCAGAUACAGAAUGUGAGGAUUGUCAGGAAAAUACUUACUCAAACGGCUCUUUUACAUCCUGCAUGCCUUGCAAACCUGGACAAUUCAUUCAUUGGAUGGGUAGAACUGGCUUUGUUUUGUUCUGA